AUGGUCAAUGGUAAAAGCGGAGGGCGAAUCCGAUCUAGCGUUGAUCAGAUACCGCCCGGUCUGCUGCGACUAACAGACUUCGGCCUUCUCACCACCUCGUCACAGCCAGAAAUAAGGUCCGGUGAGCCUAAGUACAUCAAUCCGGAACAUUUUUACAGUAGGUUUGCAAGGCCCGGUAGUCCGCUGCCCAAGGAGCAGCUUGCAUACCUCCAGGGGCAGCUGCGCAGAAUCGAGACGGAAUUCAGCCCUGAGCAGUUGAAGGACAAUGAUAUGGCAGUCCUCCUCACUGUGAGAGCCAGAGAGCAGGAACACCUCGACAUCCUCGGCACGUAUAGAGGAAAUGAGAUUGUAGACUCAGGAAACCCCGGCACUCACAACAUUGUGUAUCUGUACGAGAGGGCAAUCGAACAAGUCCAGGAGGACGUGGCAGCGUAUGAAAGGCUCAUAAGCAUGUGCUGGAGACAGGACCGUCAGCGCCAAUACGUUCACUUCCUCAUCCCCACGAUCCACCCAAGCAUCCCUCUGGAGGCCGUCAUCCGCUUCGUAGAGCGCCUCAGAAACCACAAGGACAUCGUCGUGGCUUUCCAGUACGAGAUGAACGGUGAGGGGCCGCAGCGACAGCCACCGGCGAUUCGGAACCAAGACCCCGCCGCACUUGAGCUUUUUCGGAAGAUUCACGACUACAGUUCCGCUACUUGUGGAGACGAGUCGUUCUGGUGGCCUGUGACUGAGUCCAGAGAGGCAACAUCUGCCGACGCUCUCCUCAGUUCGGAGUGGUCUGACCAUACUCACCUCGGCUUGGACAAUGAAGAGCAUAUUCAAGGCAUGUUGUCCGGCCACUUCAACAAGGAAGCGUACCCGGCUGGUGUUGCGGUCGACCCCGUGGCUGUAUUAGUGGGGAUGAAAGAGUGGGAGAGUAACAUUGAUCUGCUAGCUCUUGUAGAGGGGAUUCUUCAGGAAGAGGGAUUUGAGGAUCUAUUUUAA